AUGGCCCAAGAAGUGAGCCUCGUUUACCGCACGGCCACCAUCACCCAGUGCUUCACCGCAAGCACCCCUUCAAUCUGUAACGGCUGUGCGCCUACCCCGGUGGUCUAUCCACCGACCUUCGAUGGAGGGCCCAUCUGUGUUGAGAUCCAGGCGCCACACUGUAGGAAAUGCGGCUGUGACACUUGCGUCCAGACCCUUUCGUACACCACCACGUACGACGCCUUCUGCUCGACCGGUCUUUAUAAGCAAGAAUACGCUGUGACGGAGACUUAUAGCGGCGUGGCAGUCAAGCCUACAAUACCCUCCAUGGAUGUCCCGCUCGGCUUCACUUCCGGGAUCGAGGUUUGUACCACGUGUGGUCCAACACCAGUGACUGCAACCAUCACCCGUCCCAUCACAGGUGUCUCUUGGGGUACCGCCAUGCCGAAAUCAUCGCCGGGAGGGACCGGUACCCAAGGCGUCCCUAAUGGAUCCAAUGGGUCUUCCCAACUUCCUCCUGGGCCGGAAGGCGGUGGCCCCGGGCACCAAUCUGAGCCCGGCUCAGUCCCAGGGCCAGGUGCAAGUGGAAGCCAGGGUGUGGCACCUCCGGCUGUUUCAAACCCAGGAUCGGCCCCUUCGUCUUUUCCAGGUGCCACUCCAGCCAGUGUGGUAACAGCAGAUUCUCAAUCUAUCUUCCACCUCACCAUUGGCCACACCUUAUUGCUUUUAUCGGGACUCGCCAUGACGGUUCUGUUCUUUAACGAGUACUUUAGCGUGAUGUAG